GCGGCGCGUCGGGGCGGCCAUGGAGGCGCGAUGGCGGCGGGAGGUGACCGGGCCUGUCCCGCACUCCUUGGCGCUGAGAGCCAAGCCUCCUAAAGAACCAACAAGUGAAAACUUUAUCUUGGCCCGCAGACAGAAAGAAAAGGAACUCCUUGAAAAUGCUAAUUUCUUAAAGCUGUACAACCGGUAUCGCAACGUCUACGAGUGGCAGCAACGCAACGAACAAAAAUGGCUGCACAGCGUUGUGCAGAGAAAGGUGGAUGCGACAAUGCAGGAGUAUCUGGCGAGGACUGAUGAGAGACGAGAGAGGCUUCGCGAGCUCCUGGAGGCAGAGGAAAGUAGGUACUUUGCUGAGAUGGACUCACUUGAAGAAACAGUACUGGAGAAACAAGAGAAAAUGAGGGAGCGAGCAAAAUUACUGAGAGAGAAGAGAGAAAAAGAAAGACAACAACUGGUGGCUGAAAAACGAGAGCAGCAGUUCAGAGAACAAUGUGAGGAGCUUCGUGUACAGUGGAUGAAGAAGCAUCAGAAGGAAUUGUGUGAAGAUCGGCUGGCCCAGCUAGCUUUGAAGGAGGAAUUGAAAAAGCAACAGAAAGAGGAGGAGCAGAUGUUUGCAGAGCUUUGGGAAGAGGAUAGGUUGGCUAAGGAAAAGCGAGAGGCAGUAGAGAUGCAGAAAUCAGCAGAACAGAAUCGGGAAAUCCUGAAUGUGCUCAGUGCCCAGGUCGCGGUGCUCAGUGCUCACAAAGAGGAGGCAAAGCGGCUGAAGGAAGAAGAGGCUCAAUUUCUGGAAGAACAGCAGCAACUGCUUAAGCUAGAAGAUGAACAAAUUCAGAUGGAGAAACUACAGAAACAGAAGGAAUACAGGGAUAUGUUGCUCAGUGCAGCACAGGACAAGAAGAAUCGUCUUAAUGAAGAAAAACAAGGUGAACUUGCCCUAGAGAUGAAGAUCUUAGAAAAAUCUGUUCAGGAACCCCAGGAGGACACCGAGGAGAAAACAAAAAGAAAAAAAGAGCUGUUCAAGGAGCAGCAGACUUACUUGGCACACCUGGCACAACAGCUGGAGGAGGAGAAACAGCGAGAAAAAGAAGUGGACAAGCUCCUUGAUGAAGAGAUGGCGAAGGUUUGGGCCAAGAAGGCUGAGCAAAUGCGAUUGGAAAAGGAGGCCAGACAGCAGCUACUGAAAGAUGUCCUGAAUACAAGACAACUGCAGAUUGAGGAGAAGUUGCAGAGAAGUGCAAAGGAGCAGGAAGAACUUGCUCAAGAGAGGAAGUUAUUAGCUGAAGCAAUCUCAGAACUCGAGCAUAUAGAAGAAGAAAAAUAUGCAAGAAAACUAAAGGAAGCAAAAGAAUACCAAGAGCAACUCGGGGCUCAGAUUGCCUAUCGACAACAGGCGCGUGAUGCUGAGGAAGAAGAGAAGCAGCGAGAAUAUGAAUCGGGUCUAGCAGCAGAGAGAGCUUACCAAGAAAGGGUACAGGACAUUCUAUCAAGGCCUUUUGAGAAACUAGCAAAGACCCACCCUUUGAGAAGGAAACUAAUGUCUAACUCUCAAGAAGAUCACUUACUAUGAUAUUUUUAACUUACUCAGUUGCCUUUAAAAACAUUUUCUAAGGGUGUUUAUAACUGACUUGAGUUAGCAGGCCCCUCUCC